GACGGAGCUUACGCCAUUCCAGGAAGUCUACUGGGGCCGCGGGGCGGGGCUUCAUAUGGGCCCCGCCCACAUCUCCUAGUUGUCAUAGUGACACUGAGAGUGCUGAAGUUGGUGUCUGUUAGACUCUAGCUGUUAACAUGCAGUACACCGGGAGCAAAUAUAUCGGGGCAUACAAAAAUGGGAGGAUGGAGGGCAAUGCAGAGUACAUCCUCCCUACUGACACGAGAUACGUCGGGGAGAUGAAGGACGGCAUGUUCCACGGAGAUGGAACCCUGUUCUUCCCCAGUGGGAGCCGAUUCGACGCCAUCUGGGAGAAGGGACUGGUGGUGUCGGUAUCUCUCAGCUCACCAACAUGGACCCACCCAGAAAAAUCCCCCCUGGCUACUAUGACUGUGGAGAUGGCUUCUAUAACCCCAUGACCAGGGUCAUCAAGGAUUACCGGAACCGCUUUCUGAGAAAUGCAGGUAAGUGUGUGCUGACACCUUAGACACUCAAUCUUUAGCUGCAGAGAUGGCUGCACAAGUGUGUGCACGUGCAUCUGUUAAGAAAGAGACAAGUGUGGGUUAUCUGACAUCUCUGAGAAUUCAAGGCUGGUAAACCUGUGUAUGGCCUCAAAGUAAGAGCAAAAGCACUCAUAGCUCAACUGUGAUAGCACCAGAGUGUGCUGCUGAGAGAUUAAAGAGCAUUCUGUGGCAUCCAUCCCUUUAUCUAGCAUUAGUUGACUCCAAGUCAGACAGAGGGGGAAGCACAGCCUGGCCAGAAAGGAGUAGUUCCUUGUUGCAGAAAGGCUGGCUGCCCCCAGCUGGCUGACCUUCAUUGCAGAACUUCAUUUUAGUGAGGGACCCCAAGGCCAAUCAGCUUCACAGUGACCUAACUCCCAGGAGACGAUGGACAAAAGUGUGGGUGUUUCUAUAACACAUACGGGGUCACAGUUGUUUUUCUGGAGUCAUAGGCCCAUCAAGGUAACAACAGCUACAGACCUUCUCAAAGACAUGUCCACACAUGUACAGUCACACACAUGUAUAAUCACACACACAAACACACACACACAAAGAGAGGGUGUCAGAGAGACAAAACAGAGAGAGAGAGAGAGACAGAGAGAGAGACAGAGAGACAGAGACACAGAGACAGAGACACAGAGACACAGAAAGAACAUACACAAAGAGAGUAACAAAGCCGGACAGACAGCCAGACAGACAGAGCGAGGGUGAGACCUGCAUAUGCUGUUAAGGAGGCUUCUGUGGAGAAGCCUCUCUGUGGUAAGGAAGUAACAAGUUGAGCAAUGGCUCCAUGCGGUGGCUAGCACCUCCUUCCCCCAGAGACUUCAGUGAGGAUGUCAUCAGAACGUUGCCUGUAGGGCUGCCAUGAGAGCUGAGGAACUAUAAGGUGAUCCCAAGACUUGGAUCCAGAACUUCUCUGAAAGGAGCAUGCUGCAUUUUUAGAUCUGGGGCUCAGGCCUGCAUUUCCCUCGUGAAGCUGUGGACACUGCCUUAGGACCAAGUAGGCUUCAGAAAGCCACCUCAGCCAGUGCUAAGCAGGGCAAUUUCCCAAAGGGCCUAUCAUGAAUUCCAACCCUUCUUAAAUACCCAUUUAUGGUACCAUUUGCUUAUGGCCAUCAGGUGUGAGAAGGAACUCUGUCUUCUCAUUUGUAUCAGUCAGAAAAUGGUCAAGAAAAUGGGAAGAAGUGCCUGUCGGGAGCUGGGCUUAACGGCUGGCUAGUGUGGAGAAAGCACCAAGAGGGACAGUAGGGAAAGUCACACACGAAGCAGCUCGGGGCCUAGGGUCAAGAGCAACAGUGGGGUCACAGGAAGUGAGUGAAAGCACUAAGGAGUGCAACCUGGGGCUCAGAGAAGGGGCACUGCCUUUCUACUGUCCUUCUACAAAUGUGAGGAUACUGGCACCCCCUCUUAACAGGAAAAAUAGAAGCCCGAAGACCUGCACCAUGUUCAAUUAAUAUGAAUUUCUAAUCAGUCCUCCUGAAGAAUCUAUAACCAGUCAGCCAGUGUCUGUUGUUCUAUGAAAUCCUUGGGGGUGCAUGCGUGCCUAGGGGGAUACACAGAAAGACCAAGGCUGUGGACAUUGGUAAACCUACACAGAGAAGCUAGGGGAGGGACUAUCAUCCCUGCAUCUUUGAUGGGGGAUAAGGCUGAAGAUAACAUUUAUAAAUCUUUCUUCUGCUUUCACACCACACCCUCUUAGCCCCAAGCUUACAUUACCUCUAAUCUAGUUUUUUUUGUUUGCUUGAAACCUGGCAAGGUGACCUAAACUGUCAUUUACAAAGGGUCUGAAUCCUGAGAGUCUUGCCAAAGUGUCCAAACAAAGUAUCCAGUCUGACCGUUCAGUUGGUCAACUCCAUGUCUGUUAAGUUUCUACCAGCAGCAGAAGUGUGAAGGAGUAUGUUUUCUACAUAGUGCUUCCUUUGCUGGACUGUAAAACAAGUUAGCCCAGCAACCAGGGGCAGUCACUCCAGCCUGUACAGCACUCCCCUCUGGGCUAAGUUCAUUGGAGCCAUCAUUGCAUCUCCUGACAGAACCAUGCUCCCUCGGGAACUGGGGAACCGAGACCUAUGAACUAGGAAAGUUCAAAGCUGCAGAGCAAAAACUCUCCCUAGAGCAUGUCAUGGUGCACAGGCAUGCCUCAGCACCAAACCUGGGGCUGUCCCAAUAGCAGGAAGCUAGCACACCGCAGAUGCUUACCACAUAGGUAUGAGGCAGGGCUGAUGGAUCUCAGAGGUGGCGAGUACUUGUCUAGUAUGCACAAGGCCUUUGUUUCAAUCCUGAGGGCAACGGAGAAACUAAGGAUCUGUAAACCAGAUAAAUCAAGGAAUGCAUGUGAGCUCUGAGUCUGUAUUGGGGGCGGGGGAGGUAUGUCUCUUUCUCGUCACAAGUAUGUUUGACUAUGAAAUUCACUGGGAAGUGGGGCAGUAAGAACAUUUUGCAGAAGUAAGGCUAUAUGCUGUAUAUUCUGGAGCAUCCCGGAGCACUGUGUGCUUGUUACAUUUUUCUACAGUUACAGUAGAAUGCACGUGAUUCAGUUGAAGCUUUUCAGGUUGGAAUUCUAUUCUAGUGCUAUCUCCCCAGAGUGGCAUCCUGGUCCAAUGAAGAGUCACAGCCUAAUGUUCAAGACAGACACAGAAGCACGCAAUUGCAAUAUAGUGGGAUAUAAUUGCAAUAUAGUGGGAUAUGGACCCCAACGGGCAGACGCUGCGGAUAAGUGGGGGAUGGAGGAGAGGGGAAUAGGUUGAAAUAGAUAAGAAGGAGUCUCAGAGGUAAUGGGUCUUAAAGGAUGAAUGAAUGGCCAGGGGUGCAGUUUGGACCGUAGAGUGCCUGUCUCAUAUGCAUGAGGCCGCAGUGCACAUGACGUGGUGGCUCACGCCUGUAUCCCAGCACUUGUGGGGUAGCAUCGGGGGUACCAGGAGGGCAUGCGUGAUCCUCACGUGUACAGAGUUUGAGACCAGCUUGGUCAAAACAAACAAACAAACAAACAAACAAACAAACGAUGGAGAUACAGUGACUACAAGAGCCAGAAAGUCAGGGAAGGGCAUUUCAGGCAGAGAGAAUGUGUAAAGACGGGGAAGCAUAAAAAUGCACGUCAUGAUUGGAGAACCAGAAUGUUCCAGAAGCCGUUCUCACUGGCAUACUUAAACUUGGGGGCACUGGAAGACGGGCACUUAUGGCUUGCUCGGCAGGUGUUUACUAACACUUGCUGCGGGUCUGGAUCUGGCACAGUGUGUGGAUGAGCAGUGCCCCAGACUCUUCCCCAGGGAGCACGAAAGACUCUCGGAGAGACAGCGUUCCUGACAAUACAGAGUUGCUGCCACCACACACGGGAGGAACACCCAACCCUGGAGGUGAGCAGGCCAGGGUGGCUUCACAGAACACGGAGAGACACCAAACACAGCAGGGCUGGGAAGAAUGUUAAAAGGCUUCGAGUUGGGAGAGGAUAUCUGACACGGGGAACUACAGUGGCUCAGGGCACGAACUAAGAGAAUAUAUACUGACAGGAAGUGUGCGGGGAAGGGGCAACUGGGGCUAGGGGCUGUUUCGGGCUGGUGGCACAGCUCCGGAUUUAUCCUUUAGAAAGACUCAUUUGCAUAGAAAGAAAAGAGUAAAGGAAUUAACAUCAGAUAGGAGAUCUUCAGGUGAGAUGGUUAGGCAGGAGAAGACAACUGAAAGGCCCCUCAUAUAGGCCCAGGCUGGGGACCCACUGAAACCUGGGUCAGAGUUCUGGCUCUCUGAAUGCUGGACUCUUCCCUCUCUGGCUUCCUUCCUUCCUUCCUUCCUUCCUUCCUUCCUUCCUUCCUUCCUUCCUUCCUUCCUUCCUUUUCUGUAAAUGAAAUAGUUGGUCUGGGUAAUCCCAAGUGUCCUUCUGACCUUAAGAGUCUGUAAUGGAGAGAAACAGAACCCAGGAGUAUUUUGGUCCAGAUGUAAGCAGGUAAAGUUUGGAGUGUCCAGAACACCACUAACGGGGAUCUCACUGACCAUCUAGUCAUUAUCCUGACUCCCCUCCUCAUUUGAAGAAUGACCUGCACUGCUCUCCACCUAAUCUCCAUGGGCCCUCUCCCUACAUCCCAAUGUGCCAUUCACAGUACUGCCAUCUGUGACCUGGGGCCUGAUCUGCUGGCCUGAGGGCCCGAUGUGGCCAUUCCCCUCUCUCACACAGUUUGCUGAGUGUAGGAUGGCUGGGGGUUGGUAUAACUGACCCGCCCAGCGCUGGGCAUUCAGAGUCCCAUAUGUCCAGCACAUGGACUAGCUAGCGUCUCUGCUUUUAACCACUACCCAGUGCUUAAAGAAGCUCCUCUGACCAAAGCUGAGACCAGCACGCGUAUGUGAGUAUAGAUAUUUAGUAUGCAGUUUGGAAGUAUGACCGUUUGGUAAAAUGACAGCUGUAGGUCAUGGUCCCCUCCUGUCCUGGCGCCAUCUGUCUUUGGUCACACACACACACACACACACACACACACACACACACACACACACACACACACACAUCACUAUUGUAAGAUACAGGGGGUCCAGCCUGUACUUUCUCCCCCAGCAGCCUGUAGGUACUGUCUGGCGAUAUCUAAACUAUCCAGCGGGAAAAGUUUCUUAGUCAAUCUGAAGUUGGUUUCCCUGUGGACACUUACUCUGAAGGAAGUGAUGGGCUGAAGCCCUAGUGAAGAGUGGGUGGGUAGGGUUCAGUUGGUUGGUUUGGGGUUGUUCCCCCCACCCCACCACUGCCUUAAAUUCUUCCCUCCGAAGCAAGCUGCAGGUCUCACUAAGCAGCCACAGCGGUUUGCUAAACCACAAAUGUACAUGAAGAUCCAAAUUGUCUGGAUGUGGACUUUAAAGAUGGCUUUGUUUUUGUUUUUACUGUGGACAGUGUGUUACUGCCACAUUAUGUCUGUGCACCACUUUCCUGCCUGGUGCACACAGAGGCCAAAAGAGGGCAAUAGAUCCCCUGGAAGGAUAGUUACAGUUGAUUGUGAGCCACUGAGGGUGCUGGGAAUGGAACCCAGGUCCCCUGGAAGAGCACCCAGUGCUUUUAACCAGUAAGCCAUCUCAACAGCCCCAAGAGAUGCCUUCCGUAACUGAGAGGACUGUGGCAACUGCAUUACUGUGAAAAUUAGCCCUUCUUUUGAGGCAACAUCUUACUAUGUUGUUCAGAUGAGUCUUGAACUCCUGGGCUCAUGCCAACCUCCUGUUAAGCCUCUGGAUGUAUUACCAGCAUGCAAGCUGUGCUAGGCUUUUAGAUAAUUUAAAUUCACUCUUGUACUCAUUAAGAAAAGUUUUGAAAGCCUCCAGAAUUCCAAGAGAUCAGGCGGGCAACCUGGGCCCGCUUGAAUUUGGCUCUUAGUCCAUGACAGUUAGUUUUAAAUGUCAACUUGACACAAUGGAGGAUCACCUAGGAAGAGAGCAUCAGUGUGGACAUGUCUGUAGGGGAUUAUCUUGAUUGUGUUAAUUGAGAUAAGCAGAGCUUUCUAGUGUGCACGGCACCAUUUCCUGGGUGGGACUGUCAGGGUGGAGAAAGCAAACCGAGCAGUAGUAUGGUGGAUCUAUUAAUUCACUGUUCUCUGUCCUUGACCGGGUGUAACUCGACCAGUUCUCUCAAGCUCCUGCCAUCUUGUCUUCCCAGAACUGUGGGCCAAAUAAAUCCCUUCUCCCUUAUGUUGCUUCUGUAAGGUAUUAUGUAUAUCACAGCACCAGGGAAGGCACAGGCCCUUGGGCCCAUCAGGGGUGAACUUCCUUGUGACUGCCAGGCAUAACACAGGCCUGUGUGCAUGUGUGUUCUUUACACACGCAAAAUGCUCAAUACUCUGCUUCCUGUUCCGUGCUGGCUGGUAGGCACUAGACUGAUUCCAUACCUCCCUCCAAGGACUGUUGGAGGCAGCCUUUCCUGGCCUCCCUCCCUCCACUGCCCACCUGACUCCCACUCCUCACAGCCCCCUAGGUUUCUCAAGCAGUGUUUAGCCUGUGACACUGAAGUAUCCAUACUUGGGAGCUCAGGAGACCAGGGGCUCUGUGACUAUGCCUAACUUACUACGGAUCUUAGCAUCUCGGGUGAGCUGAUGGAGUCUUUGUAAAAGAAAAGACAGGCAGGCAGAGCUAUUCCUCCCACAGCUGGCUCGCAUAUUCUCCCACUGAAAUCGAACUAAAGUUCAAUUCCCUGUGCACAGCAGACGGACAGCUCACUAAUUUGAACAAAAGCAGUCCAUUAUGUUUCUGUGUAGCACCAAGGUUUCAAACCCCCUUACUGCCCACCACAGGUCAUGAUCCAGGGUCUCUUGGGCUAUACCUAAUCUGCAGAGGUUGGGUUUGUUUGGUCCAAUGCUGGAACUGGAUUGGGCUUGAGCUACUGGGUGGGGCACACACUACUUGGGUCCCUGCUACAUAACCCCAGUGGCCUUGGUCAUUUCUGUCCACCUUAAAGCCUCUGCUCAUGCUCUCUGGGCUUCAUGAAAACCUCCUGUGCACGUUGGCAGCUGAAAUUGGGAUGUCCUAUGAUUAGAAUGUCAGGCCUCAGAGUGGCAGAUGACCCACUGGUGACAGUGGAAUUGUUCCAUGUCCCCCAGCAGUGAUCUUUCCAUUCUGCCCUGGAGCAUUCUGUGGUUGAGACAGACAGUAAGCUGUAAGUAAUAGCCACUGAGCACGGUUACUGUAUACACCCCUAAGCACAGCAAGUACAACCAAACAGGCUUGUCUAGGAGGACCUUUUAUCCAGUGGGGGAAAUGAGGACUUAGUGGUGUAGUGAUUAAAAUCCACAGGGCUUGGGAGCUCACUUUUCCUCUAAGAGCCUCGGUUUCCUCAUCUAUAAAAUGGGUAUGGUGCCAGCAUACCUAUCUGAAGGAGCUGUGGGGAGGGAGGCUAAGUAUCUGGGCACACAGCCUGCACCUGGCCCAGACAGGUGCUCCGUGAUUAGUGGGUUGAGGCUGCCGCUGCGAUGAUUACUAAGUCAGGCUGCAGGAAGGAGGGGUGAGUUGGGCCCUGGAGCUUAUUAUGUUUUCUCUGGGUGCUGAGGAGCACAGAAGCCUCUUGGGAGGUGAGGGUGAUUGUCGAUGCUAAUCUUGCUGACUCCUCAGGGUUCUGCCUGGGAAAUGAAAUGCUGCCGGGAGUUUGGGGUCCGCAGCCCCUUACUCACAGCAUUCAGAGCUCCAGGCUCAAUUCGUUUGAAGACCUACUGUCCCCCACCCUCCUCCAUGUGCUCUACACCACAUUCAAGUCCACCCAGGCUGCCAGCCCUCCAUUAGUGAGCAUCCACAGACUGCCUUUCCUUCUUUCUUCUCUACCUGCCCCAGGCCUCCUCUUCUCUUAGUGCUCAGCCAAGAGCCAAAGGCCAAGGUCUCUGUCUGUUACUGCUGCAGAGUGGUUUUCCCUGCACACUCACCACCCAGAUGAGCUCAUUGGGGAGGAGUCUGCACACACACACACACACACACACACACACCACACACACACACACACACACACACACACACACACACACACACAUACACACACACACACCGUGCUUAGGACCUGCUUCUCCCAUGAUCUAUUCAUCUGCAAUGUGAUAGCUGGUGUCUGACAGGUUAACAACUUCCUCAUGGGGGACUGGAGAGAGGUCUCAGCAGUUUAAAUCAUUUGCCACUCCUGCAGAGGACCUGAGUUCAGUUCCCAGCCCCACGUAAUGGCUCACAACCUUCUCUGUAACUCAAGUUCCAGGGAAUCUGACACCUUCUUCUGGCUUGUGUGAGCACCAGACACAUAUGUGGAGCACAGACAUCAGGCAGGCAAAACACUCACGCACAUAAAAUAAAAAACCAAGUCUUUUGAAAACAGAACUCGUUUCUGGUUGGUCACACAGCUGUUAACAAAGUUAGGCCAAACCCCAAAGUCUGUUUGCUAUGGUUCAAAUGUAGACACUGUCCCUCACAGGCCCACAGGUGAAGAAGCCUUGGGCCCCAGGUCGUGUCAUCAGGAGGUGGGUCCCUAGGGGAGGGCCUUAGGUCACUGGAAGCAUGCCAUCGAGAGGCCUUGUGAGAACUCAGUUCCAGUUUCUCUGCUUGGCUUUCUGGCUUGCAGUUUCACAGUCUGCCCUUCACAUGCUACCCUGUACUGAGGCCCAAAGCCACCAGGCUGCUGAUCUUGGACUGGAACCUUUUACAACAUGAACUAAAUAGACUUUCUCUCUUUAUAAGUUAAUUGCCUCCAUUAUUUUGUUACAGUCACAGGAAGCUGGUUAAUUACACUAUUCUUUCAUCUUGCCAGUUUGUGCACAAAUUCACUUUGUGCUCAUCGAUCCCCUCCGUAGACAGGGUCCUGCCUGAUUCUUAAUUGUUCCUCUGCAAAAGACAGUCACUGGAACCCACCUAGAGCUCAGCAAGGAGCCUACAUGGGUGAAAUGGUCCACUCUAGAAGCUUAAGACAAAGCCUCCACGGCCUCCCAAAUUAAAUGUCACCUUACUUGAAAAGAGGUCCUUUAUACACUGCAACCCAAUAUAGGAGCAUUUGAAGAUAUCAUGAUGAUUACCUCUAAUGCAAUGGAACCCAAGAGAUUAACUAAUGAUGCCCCUGUCCACCCCUUGCCUUCCCCCUUCUCAGGAAGAACAAGCCAAAGUCACGCCGGCAUUUUGUUCGUGCGUCUCUUUCCUGUAGCUGUUGCUUGCCUCGUGCGUGCGUGGUACUAGUAGUAAUCACUUUGGAGAGAACUGUACCACUAAUCCUUACUCCCUCCCCCCAAUUAAUGACACCCCAUGCGAGCAUCUCCACUGAAAGGCGCAUUAUUAAUAUUCAAGGGAAAAAAACCCUUGUAACCAUUUUAACAGAUACAGCUAACAAUGAACUAAAUUUGCUUUGUGCAAGACAGAGAGUGAGCAUCCCAAAUUAGUUUAUGUGAAAGCUGAAAUCCUCCCCUGAAAGGUCUCAGUACCAUCCUCAAAGAAUAUCCGGAUCAUCAGCAGUGCCGUGAAGAUUCCCGCCAACAUUAUCCCCUUUGUUGUCUGAAAUGUGGAAUCAAGCACAUCUGGCAAAUGUCCUGGAGCUCACGAAUCUCUCAAACGGCGGCGGCUAAUUCCCAGUGGUGAGAGAGAGCGAGCGCCACUGCCUAAUCGUGCUGCUCUUCAAAACAGCGCCGACUUUCCUUCAAUCACAAACAAUGGCUUUGCUUUCUUAAAAAUAUCACACGCCAGUGAUUAUUUGCAGAGAGGCCCAUUUUUACGCUUGAACCUGUGGGUCCCAGACAGAAUUCAAAAUUAAGACCAAGGACCUCAUCUGAAUGUCUGCUCAGUUCAGCGGGCAGUGGGAAGGAAGACUGUGACCUGGCUUGUGCGGUCUGGAGACCUUGGGAGGGAGGUGAAGAGGAAGAUGGUGAUGAGCGCUAUCACUGAAUGAACAUCUACCAUCUUGUAGGAGAGGCGUCCCGUCAGCUACAUCUGACAAACUGAGGCUCACUGAGGUUAAGGGAUCCUCACCCCCCAGCCCCAGCCCUGAAAUUCAGCAUAUGUGGGAGUCACACUUGGGCUUAUCUGCUUUCUCUUUCCACUCUGCCAAGCCUGUUCCCAGGGACCUGGCCGGCGUGUCACCCCAGCGGACUUUAGAAUAUGUCAACUGUAGACCGUAGACCUGAAAACUGAAGGCCACCUUGUUGUUCUGAAGUUUAAACCAGUUGAAAUCUGUAACUGUCCUAAAUGCCCAACAGGAGGGGGCAAAGGAGCCUGCGGGAUAUGCUUAUGACAGUUUUCCUGAGCUCCCCUGCUGUGUCUCCAGCACAGGCCUCCACCUCAUAUGACACCAGCAGCCUCGAUGUGGCUCUCCGGAUCAUUCCUACUUUGCAGAUGGUGAGAUUGAGGGGAGGUAAAAUUCCUGGCUCCGGGUCAGCAGAGCUGGAAUUAAAAACCCAGGUAGCUCCAAAGCUAGAUAACAAUGGCAUUUGGGGUGGCUCUGAGCGAGAACAUGGGGUUAUCACCAGUGACCGAACCAAGGGCUUUCCCAGAGCCAGAGAGAACAGCUGAACCACACAGAUGGCUACUUUCGCCUAAACAAGUCCUCUGCUUACUUUAUGCUCAAAACCCGAGUCCUCCAGUGCUACGGAAAGCCAAGCCUCCUCUAAACUUGAAGCAGCUUCUUCUCGCACGAGGGCCCAUCCCAUGCCUGACCCUCACACCAUCAACGGUGGUCCAGCCAGGGCUAGAACCCUGAUUUCCCACUGCUGAUCGCAGCUCCUGCCCUAAACCCAUGCUACCUCUCCAUGGAGCCUCCCUGGGGUUUUCUGUAAAAUGGCCAGUGAGGCUCCCACACAGCCCCUCCCACCAGCAGCUCUCUAGCAAGACAAAAGGCAAUUUACCCAAAUGUUAUAAUCACCUGGAGGCUGGCAAGCAGGGGCAUCCCUGCUUUAUCUGUGGUAUUGUCAGCAGCACUAUAAUGAGAGCUUUGUGGAGGGAUAAUAUCACACUUGUAACUGCCAGAUAAAAUGCCCCCACAGAUCACAUAUCCCUCCAGCAGACAUGGGUAUCUGCCUCAGCCGAAGGCAUAGGAAGGGGUGUUAGGGACACUGAAACCUCCACUGGGCCAGCAACUCACCCCAUCCCCAGCCUUUGAGGAAAUACUCUUUUCCUUACUUGACAGAUGGGGAAACUGAGGCUCAGAGGGUAUGUUAUGCUAACAAUCCCCCCCCUCAUUAAAGUGAAGAGCCAGCCUUUGAACCCAGACCUCUCUGAUAAUAUGGAUAAAGCUAUAGACCCUAUCCCUGAAAGAUACUGUUGAAACCCACCAAGAGAAAUUGAUCAAGACAGGGGAAGAUUGGCCAUCUGGAAGCAGCCACCCACGGGUCCCUGUCAAGAUCCACGUUUGGCAAUGACAGCCUGCUGGGGUGUUAUCCCCCCCUGGCUUGCAGAAUUGCCCACUGUCACUUUCUCACCUCACUACUCCAAAGGCCUUGGAAAUUCCCCUCUAGCUUUGGGAUGGGGAACUCUGGUAACAGUGCCUCCCUGCCCCCAUGGCAGCCUCCUGGAGGCAUCCAGAGGCCUCAGCUUCCCCUUCCACAGCUGGACAAGCUUGGCCAGCACAGUUUUCUUUGUCUCCUUUAAUAGAAGUAAACGCAAGACCACAGAUCAUGGGCAGAAGCCUCACUUCUCUUCCUCAGUCUGGGGUACUUAGCAGAAGCCCACACCUUACCUCAGGCCUGACCCAGGAUGUACAGUCAGCUCUUGGAGCUGCUGCUUAUAAGCUAGAUAAUGGUGGACAGGUAGCUCACCUGCCCUAAAUCCAGAUUCCUUAUGUGAAAAGUGGGACAGUAAAGGACCCGUCUUAUAGAAUUGUCUCAAGCAUGAAGCUGACGCAGGCAGUCUAGUGGGAACAGUGCGGCUCUGCCAUGGCAUAGUGCAUCCCAGUGAUCACCACCAUGGUGAGUAUUUUGUGCCAGGGAUGAAGAAGUAGGUGUGCCCUUCGCACCUCACACUCAGUGAGGCAGGAUGCCAUUGCAGCCUGUUUUCUCUGACCUCCACCCAGUUAGUUGCCUUUGAUGUCACUUUCAAAACUGAACCAGUGGUCUGCUGCUAGCAGAUCUCUCCUUAGUAUUUGGCUUUGGAGCAUGGGCCUCUCAUCCUCACCUUUCUUAUCUACUUAGAACUUCAGACCCCCCAACCCAGCACCCCUUGGUCCUUUUCUGAACCCCUGUGUGCAUGAGGGCUGUUCCCAACACCCCAAAUCAGUGUAGGGACCACACAGCAGGCGCAGUAUCCCAAGUGCUCAGAUAAACCACAGAUGACACGUGGAAAGCAGUCCACCACACUUCCUGUGGCCCGUGCUGUCCAUGUUCACGUUAAUUUAAAAUAUUAACUCUUCUAAAACCAGGAAUGCCCUCAUUUCUCUGGUACCCAGCUCAGUGUUCUGUGCUGGAUGUAUGAAUGUGUCCUGUGUGGUUGGGAUAAUAGCCCGGAGAAUGAGGUGCUAAGGUUGGCCUUAAAGAGCAAGAGCCGGGCUUUGUUAAAUGGAAGGGAAGGAACGGCAGGGCAGGAGCACAGGAUGCCAGGUCCCUAAGAUGUGGCCCUGGGGCCAGUUUGUGUGUCAGAGGCUGGGGGUGGAGUCCAAGGGGACUUCGGGAAGGAUGACCAGGGUGUCUGAGUAGGUCUGGACUGUGCAUUCAAGCAGGGGACAAAGUGGGAGCCUGAAUGCUGGUUAGUGGGGUUGACUUCAAUCCCCAGGCAGUAAACAGCCAGGACAGGAGCUGCAGAGGGCUUCUCAGGAAGUGGGGCACAGCCAUGGGCUGCAGCUUCGAAGUCAGGCAUGGUUCUAUCCUGGCACCACCGUGAACAUGGAGAGAGGCUUUGGCUCUCUGACCCUCACUCCCCUCCCCUGUGAGCCGAGGAUGGAGCGCUGACCUGCAACACCGGUGUUGUUGAGUACUUCACAUCCCUCCUGGUUACCCCCACUGCCCCAGCCUAAUCCAGCCUUUGACAUCUGCCAGUACUAGCUGGCUUCCAUCAUCCACAUACAGUUUAACUCAUCCUUCCCCAGUGACAGCUCCCAGUGCACAGCAAACCUCAAAGUCACUAUCCUCUCCAUUUCAAUAUAUCGGGCCCUCAUUUGACUGCAAUUCUCUUACACUGGCCAUGAUUUCUGGGGAGGGGUGUGUAAAGCAGAGAACUCUGGCAAAAUGAAGAGACGGAACCUGCAAAAGGAUUUCAAGGAUAAUAACAUUGUUUUGACUUCUAGAAUUAAUAACUCAUCAAGUUUGAAUGCAUUAACCGUACUGCUUAUUUAUUUAUUUCGGUCUUGGCAUUUCCUUUAUUUCCACGCCUCUUACGUGUAUCUGAAUGGACCUUAGCAAGCUUGUGAGUGCUGGGUUCCCCAGGGGUGAUGUCCUAAUCCACUCCCAGGAGGAUACUCCACAAUAGACUGAGACCUACGAGCAGCCUAAGGCCCUCCACCUGCCUGCAGCACGCCAUGCCUGGGCAGUGACUUCUCAGUCAAUAUUGACAGUACUGAGGUCUUUGCCUCUGGCCACCACUGCCAGAGAACUUCAAAGCCUCCUUUUUAGUUGGGAGUUGUGACAGGAACACCAGGCACGGUGGCAUUGGUCCAUCCCCACCACCUCAUGCAUUUGUGCAUUUGAACUGAAGGUGGGGCAGAGCUAUGGGGCAGACACCUGCCAUGGGUUGAAAGUCUGAUUUAGUGUGAAUCUCCAUCAGUUGUGGACUCCUGUUUGCUUUGACCCCAGGGGUAAGGGACAGUGUCCCAGGCAGAGGUUCCCUCUCUCAGAGCCUGGCCUGGCCCUGGCCCGCUGCCAGUCUGGCCUUUAGGGUGAUAAGGUUGGCAGUGCCUCUUCCAUGUGCCUGUGAUCACACACAGUCAGACUUCAGAUACACAGUCACUGCCAUGCUCAGUCAGCCCCACACAUGUCACACAUGCACCAGAGUUCCACGCCUUAGAGUAUGCGCACAGCACCCUCAAACCUAACCACUGGCACACUCACAGGCACACAGCUGUAUGCUGAGAGCAACUGGGUAGACCUGGGCGUUCGUGCCGGUGUACAUGCUAGCGCCUUCCUGGUUCGUGCCGGUGUACAUGCUAGCGCCUUCCCGGUUCGUGCCGGUGUACAUGCUAGCGCCUUCCCGGAGCCUUCCUCUGCUUCAAUAAAGAAGGAAGUCACUUCAUCACCCAAGCUUUCCUUCUAGUAAGUGAUGGCAACUCCAUCUGUCUCACUGAGAGAGGAUGAGCGCGUGUGCGCUCUCUCUCUCUCUCUCUCUCUCUCUCUCUCUCUCUCUCUCUCUCUUUCUCUCUCUCUCUCUCUCUCUCUCUCUCUCACACACACACACACACACACACACACACACACACACACACACACACACACACACACACA